AGAUUAUGGUGCUCAACUUGCUUAAAAUCGUAUACACAAAAGAAUGUUCAUUACCGGUAUCACGUUAACUUAACUGUGUCAGAUUGUAGUAGAAUUUCAAGGGUGACAGUGUUUGGCAAAUGCUUAGAAGCUUUCUUUGGUUUGACGGCAACAGAAUUUUGCAGGUAUCUACAUGUCAUUACAGCUAUUUCAAUUAAGGUUGUCCACGAGUAAAGCGGAAAAGUCGAAUACGAGCGCGAAAGGCUGUUGGGAAUCGCUACGAAAAUUCAUUAAUUUGUUAGCGAUUCCCAGCAGCCUUUCGCGCUCGUAUUUGACUUUUCCGCUUUGCUCGUGGACAACCUUAAUUGAAAUAGCUGUAUAUAUCUAUUGUCUAUUGAAAGUUGUUUCAAUCCUCCGUUUAUAACUUGAUAUGAAAUAUUAUUGACAUUGUUGAAUGGGGCAAUCAUCCGGCAUGGUGGUAUUAAAUAUUUAGUUAAUUCGUAUUAAAGAAAUACUAUUGUAUGCGUAUGAUAUAGAGAUUAGCCCUUGUGGAAUACAGAUUUCAGUAAGGUUAAGUGCAUGUUGUUACUUCUCUGGGACAAACAAAAUGUAAUGUAUAUGAAGGUGAGCUGAGCGUUUCAACAUAAAAUUAUUUUAAAAUUAGAUAUGUGAUGAAAUGCGAAAGAAAAAACUCACUUCAAGGGCUUGAUAUUCACAAGAUGGUUCACAUAGCAAUGGAGAAAUGUUUUGUCGGAGAGAUGGCUUACCUGGCUUUCCGCUUGGGUAAUACAGGUAAAAAUAGUUCUCAACUGCAAGCUAAUGUGCUACCGGCUUCUAAAGCAACAAACUUCGGCAGGUACUGCAAAGUACCUGAACUACUGGCCAAUGGAAUCUGUAGAGUUCAGAAUGAAACGAAACAUAGAUCCAUAGCUGACGUUCUUAUAGAAUAUCUUAGCCACUUUGAAAAUAGUGUUUUAUUAGACAGUUGGAGAAUUGCUGGCAAUUGCACGACUGACGAUUGUUCACGUUCUAUUGCAAAUAAGGAAAGCAGAAUAUCAAUGGAUGAAACAGACUGUGACAUACAUGAUGCUGUAUCACCACGCAAUCUUCUCGGGGUAAGCAGUAACAAAAAUAACUUCGUGUUAUCAAUGUUGUCCAGUUAUCAUGAGUCGAACAACAACACUGACGUUUUGCGACACCUUUCAUGUGAUUUUGAAAACGGCCAGCGCUCGGCUUGUUUUGAGCGUGACCAAGUUGAAGGCAAUAGUUCACAAUUAGGAAAGUCGAGUAUUAUAUGUGAAGAAAACUUAACUCUAAGUGACUUGCAACAAUCAUUUUGUUGUACAUCAAAUACCAAUGAUCCGUGUAUGUGGACAAGUAUUAGAGAGGACAGCCCUAACAGUGGAUCUGUCACGGAAAGUCUAUCUCCGAAAGUCGCACUGUUUUCUAAAAGAGUAUCAGAAAAAGAAAAUCUCAAGCCAGUGCGUCUUCCUACCAGUAUUGCUGAUAUAUGUUCUAAAUCACAUGUCGUGAAUACUGACGACAGUUCUUGUGAAGCAGCUUGUGGUAAUGAAGGUCCUUCGGGACGAGAUAAAGAUCUAGAACUCCCUAGGCUUGUCACACACUCCCCGAAUGUCAAUAAUGCCUAUAAUGAAUUUGAUAUGUUUGAUUCACCGACGUCAGAAGACUUAGAUGCUUUCCUUGCAGAGAUCAGUUUCACAUGGCUAACAACAAAACCUGAACAAAUUGAUGGAAACCUGAAUCAACCGUAUUACAAAGAUGAUAAACGCUGCCCAGGAGAAUCUGGAGAACUCGAAUCCACUUCUGAUUCCCAUAUCGUUUGUUGUGAUCGUGAGCCCAAAACCUGUUUAACGAGCACACCGAGCUUAGCAAAUCGCAGUUGUCAUAAAACUUCUGAUUUAGAAGGCAUCAUUAAUUCUUCAUUUUCCCCGAUUUAUACUGAGUUUAUCUCAACUUCUGAAAGAAAUCCUAAUGAUACGGAGAAAAAUACUUUCGUAGUUUAUGAUGAGAGUCAUGAGAUGUUUCCAACAGCAGAGAAACAACAUUCUAAACUUGGUUUAACAUCUACACCUAUCUUACAGUCACAGUUUGGAUGUAUUUCUAACUGUUUACGUUCUUCCCUUUCACGGAAAACUACAUGUCAAAAACCUUCAUUUAAAGUAUCAUCCAGGAUUAAGGGAAAGCAGAAAUCAAAAAACUUGUUGAGAUGUAUGUUAAGCUCGAAGAAGUCAACCUGUUGUUCAAACAAUUCUAAUUUGAAGAAUGCGGUGGAUAUUUCACAAGAAAAUCUAAACGAUUCUCCUGAUCCUUGUUCGCCGCUUGUGCGAGAUACUACGCCGCUUGAAAAGUGGACUGAAAAUUCCUUGCUGCUUUUUGAAGAUGAAAGCUAUGUAAAUGGCUCAAAAGAAGAGGAAAUAAAAUCAAGAGGCAAGUUUCAAGAUUUACCCACCAAUGCUCUACUCGCCUGUACUGAAUCGAAUGUUGAUGCAAGUAGUCCUAAUUCUCCUCUCACCAACGAUGACAGAGCAUGUUUAAAGAAUAAUAUAUUUGAUGAAAAGCUUUUAUCAACUUAUGACUCACCCUUACUGUUCUCUCCAUGGUAAACUAUCGAAUUGAAGAGUUAAAAACAACUCGUUAAUCUCCCAACUGACUGUACAUUGCGGGGGUCUGACUACUAUGGGUAUUAAAGAAUAAGAAAUAAAAUGCAACUAGGAAAUGUAAGACUUAUUAGGUUUAGACAAAAUCCUUUCCUGGUGGUUUAUCCAGGGAAUAUCUCCGUGCAUGUGUACAGAAAAUUCUCCUUAAAAGGCUGCUUUCCAGCCUGGCAUUUUUAUACGUAUACGCAUGGGAAAAU